CCCGCUCUCGUUUCGAAACACAGAGACCAAGAGGUAGAACACAGAGAGAGAAGAGAGAGAGAGAGAGAGAGAGAGAGAGAGAGAGAGGAAAAUCAGGAAAAAAGUCUUUUUCUUUGCAAAACUUUGUUUCGAUUCGAAGCCUGUGGGGUUUUCUCGUUCUCGCUUUCUCUCUCUCGUCAAGAUGUCUGGGCGUCACGAGAAAGAGAAAGGUGUAAAUGUUCAGGUCCUCCUUCGUUGCAGGCCCUUUAGCGAUGAAGAGCUGCGAAACAAUGCGCCGCAAGUUGUGACCUGUAAUGAAUAUCAGAGGGAAGUCGCUGUCUCGCAGAACAUAGCUGGGAAGCAGAUCGAUAGGGUAUUCACCUUUGAUAAGGUUUUUGGUCCUUCAGCUCAACAAAGGGAUUUGUAUGAACAGGCAGUUGUUCCCAUAGUAAAUGAGGUUUUGGAAGGAUUUAAUUGUACCAUUUUUGCUUAUGGUCAAACUGGGACAGGAAAAACAUACACAAUGGAAGGUGACUGCAAAAGAUCAAAGAGUGGGCCUAAUGGACAGUUGCCUCCAGAAGCAGGUGUCAUACCUAGAUCUGUUCAGCAGAUAUUUGACACAUUGGAGAGUCAGAAUGCAGAAUACAGUGUUAAAGUCACUUUCUUGGAGUUGUACAAUGAGGAAAUUACUGAUUUGCUUGCACCAGAAGAAAUAUCAAAGGUUGCUAUUGAGGAAAAACAGAAAAAGCAGCUGCCUCUUAUGGAAGAUGGGAAGGGUGGGGUUCUUGUACGAGGAUUAGAAGAGGAAAUAGUGACUAGUGCCAGUGAAAUCUUUACUCUUCUUGAGAGGGGAUCUGCAAAGCGGCGCACUGCAGAGACUCUAUUGAAUAAACAAUCUAGCCGGUCACAUUCUCUGUUUUCCAUUACAAUUCACAUCAAAGAACCAACCCCUGAAGGUGAAGAGCUUAUUAAAUGUGGGAAGCUGAAUUUGGUUGAUUUGGCUGGGUCAGAGAAUAUUUCUCGUUCUGGUGCUAGGGAGGGCCGUGCAAGAGAAGCUGGGGAAAUCAACAAAAGCUUACUUACUUUAGGACGUGUCAUAAAUGCACUUGUGGAACACCUUGGACAUGUUCCCUAUAGGGAUAGUAAGCUCACACGUUUAUUGCGUGAUUCAUUGGGUGGAAGAACCAAAACUUGUAUAAUUGCCACUGUGUCACCAGCUGUUCAUUGUCUUGAGGAGACCUUGAGCACUCUGGACUAUGCACACAGGGCAAAGCACAUAAAAAACAAGCCUGAGGUUAACCAAAAAAUGAUGAAGUCAACUCUUAUCAAGGAUCUUUAUGGCGAAAUUGAUAGACUUAAAGCAGAGGUUUAUGCUGCACGUGAAAAGAAUGGAGUUUACAUUCCAAAGGAACGAUACUAUCAGGAAGAGAGUGAAAGGAAGGCAAUGGCAGAGCAAAUUGAACAGAUGGGAGUAAUGUUGGAGACAAACCAGAAGCAAAUUGAAGAACUGCAAGACAAAUAUGAUGGUCAGGUCCGCCAAUGCUCUGAUCUGAGUAACAAGCUUCAUACUACUCAGAAAAACUUGGACCAAACAACUAAGUUACUUGCUAGAGCUGAAGAGGAUCUUAAGAAAUCAGAGUAUGCUGUGAAGGAGAGGGAUUUUAUUAUCUCUGAACAGAGAAGAGCAGAAAAUGCUCUGGCACAUCAGGCAUGUGUUCUCCAAUCUGAUUUGGAGAAGUCUCUGCAGGACAAUGCUUUAUUAUUUUCAAAAUUAGAUAGAGAAGAUCAAAUGAAUGCCGAAAACAAGGUAGUGGUGAACAACUUUCAGGCAGAGCUUGCAGAACAAAUUGGUGUUCUUUGUAGUAAAGUGGCUACAUCAAUGUCUCAACAACAUGAACACCUCCAGUCUGCUGAGGAACUCUGCCAGUUUUUCCUGAGUUUUCAUGAGAAUUCUGUGUUGGAUUUAAAGAAGAAAGUAACUGCUUCAAGGGCAUUGUAUGUAUCUCACCUGGAAGCCCUGCAAAAUGUAGUACGCUUGCACAAGGCAAACAGUAAUGCUGGCCUGGAGGAGAUUUCAUCUGUGGUUGCUACUCAUGCCUCCUCAAUUGAACAAUUUCUAGCUACAGAGGCUGGUGAAGCCAAUUCAGUAUUUGCUGAUCUUGAAGGUACUUUAUCAACUCAUCAAGGGGAGAUGGCUCUUUUUGCUAGGGAAUUGCGUGAGAGAUUCCAUGCUAGUAUUGAACAUGUCAGGGAACAGUCCAAAUUCACUCUUGGGCUUCUGAAUACACUUCAGGAAGAGUCACUCAAACUUGAAAGACAUGCAAGUGAGGCUCACGAGAUUCAGACAAAGAGCAUUGCUGAAUUUCAGAAGGUUUAUAAGGAGCAGUCAAAAUCUGAAGCAGAGAAACUUUUAGCUGAUAUGACAUCAUUAGUUUCUAAUCACAUCCAACGCCAAAAAGAGUUGGUGGAUGCAAGGCUUGUGGGUUUGAGAGAUGCUGCUACUGGAAACAAGACAUUUUUGGAUGCACAUGUAUCAUCAAUGGAGGGUAUUACAAAUGAUGCCAAAAGAAAGUGGCAAGCAUUUUCUAUACAAUCCGAGAAUGAUGCUAAAGAUGGUGCUGAUUUCUCUGCUGCCAAACAUUGUCGUAUGGAGUCUUUCCUACAGCAAUGUAUAAGCACUGUAGAAAAUGCUUGUAAACACUACAAGAGGACAAAUGAAGCUGUGAACGAGAUGAAUGGCAACCAUGUUUCAGCUGUGGCUUUGCUUGUCAGGAAUGCCUCUGAAAGCAAUGAGCAACAUGAUGCUGAAAUUUGUUCUGCAAGGGAUGCAGCAGAGAAAGACGUGGUGAAGAAUAGUGAAGAUAUUCUUCAGCAGUUUGAAAGUUUAUCAGGGGAAGAACGUGGGUCGAUUUGUAACAUCAUGACGGCUGUUGAGGCUCAUAGAGAUACCAUGCAUAAGCUUCGAGAGGACCAUUUGGGUCAAACAGCUGAGAUUGAACAGAGAGCACAGAACACCUUCCAGCAGAGAUAUAUGGACUAUGAACCGACUGGUACGACUCCAACAAGGACUGAACCAGAGGUUCCGACAAAGGGGACGAUUGAGUCGUUACGGUCAAUGCCAAUGGAAGCCCUCCUUGAGGAGUUCCGGGAAAACAACCCGUAUGAACCAUCGGUUUCAAAGGAGCAAAAGCCUUCUACAAUAUCACGCUUACCUCUCAGUCAACUCAAUUAAUGUUGUGAUUUUUCUCCUGCCAGAUUUCUUUUUGAUGUGUAAUUCUUCGUAAUUUUUUUACCUUUUUAUUUCUUGCUUUGCUGUUAUUAUUGUAAUUGAAAUGGACGAGAAUGGGGGGCCGUGGAGGCUCCUUUGAGGGCCAAAAUGGGGUGAGAAUUGCUUUUUUGAAAAGUGGGUGAGAAUGGUGUAUUUGGGGACUUCAUCGAGGGCCAUUACGGAUUUCCGUUAAUAAAUCUCAGCUCGGGAUUUAUGAAACAAAUGGGUCUGUUGUAAUUUGUAAAAUUGAUGGAAAGCUUCAGAGUUUGGCUUAAUGACUGGGUUGUUAAAUCUUAAAUUAUGAACAUUUUCUUC